GCAGAAAGUUUGCCCCCUGACACGGAAGAUCCUACCAUGCCAAAUAGCGAAGAAGAAGUUAAACAUACCUUGGAAUCUAUCAUUACUGAUCAGAACUAUCUUUUUGUUGUCGCUUUGGAUUUUGGAACAACAUAUUCGGGUUAUGCAUUCAGUUCUAGAGAUCAGUUUCGCCGAAAUCCUUUGGAUAUUCAUAGUAAUCAGGACUGGGUUGCGGGUGGAACAUCUUUAAUAUCCCUCAAAACUCCCACAUCUCUUCUUAUUGACAAAGAUGGCAAUUUCGUCGCAUUUGGUUAUAAAGCAGAAGAUAGAUUUUAUUCAGAGAUUGCAAAAGAUCAGCGUGGAAACUUUAUGAUGUUCAGGAGAUUCAAAAUGAAAUUACAUAACAAGAGGGGAAUUAGUGACAACUUAUAUGUUGAGGAUGUUACGGGGAAAGGAUACCCAGCAAAACAUGUAUUUACUCUCUCAAUAAAGGCAUUGGUACAUCAUUUUAAGGAAAACAUAAAAAAGAAGAUCCUUAAUAUUGAAUUGAGCGAAAAAGAUCUGAGAUGGGUCUUGACAGUUCCUGCCAUAUGGGGUGAUGCUGCUAAAGAAUAUAUGCGUCAGUGUGCAAUAAAAGCAGGGAUUCCGGACAAAAUGUUAAGAAUUGCUCUGGAACCAGAAGCAGCAUCUAUAUAUUGCCAAUUUCUUCCCAUCGAAAGGAACCCAGAAGGUUUUGGCAUGACAAAGGAAGGCACCAAAUAUAUGAUUGUUGACAUAGGCGGAGGUACUGCUGAUAUCACAGUGCAUGAAAAGGUCAGAGAUGGAAAAUUGCGAGAACUUCACCAAGCUACUGGGGGAGCUUGUGGCGGGACAGCAGUUGACGAAGAAUUUGAAAAAUGUCUCAGCAACAUACUAGGAGAAAACAUUAUGAAAACACUUCGCAAAUCGAGAACAGAAACUUAUAUUGAUAUAUUUAGGGAAUUUGAGGUUGCAAAGCGAGCGUUUACUCCAAAUAGUACAGGACCGAUUCGUAUGACAAUAUCUUAUGUUGCACUGAAUGAACUUUUGGAGGAAACUGAGGGCAAGUCUUUGGAAGAGAAGUUUGCAAAUUCAGAAGGAAUGAAGUUAAAGAAGGACAAGCUGCACAUAGAUGUGGAGACAAUGAAGAAAUUUUUCCAGCCAUCAAUUAAAGAGCUCAUUCAGCACAUGCAGAAAAUCAUGCAGAGUCCACAAACAAAUGGGAUAUCAAUAAUUUUGCUUGUCGGGGGGUCAGCUGACUCGCAGUACAUACAAUCCGAGAUAGCAAGUGUCUUUGAUUCGAUUAGAUUGAUAAUACCUUCUGAGGCGGGAUUGGCUGUGCUUAAAGGAGCUGUGAUUUUCGGUCACGACCCAACACUUAUAAAAUCAAGAAUUUUGCGCUUUACCUACGGUACUGGUGUAAGUCCAGAUUUCGACCCAAAUAUCCACAAAGAGGAGAAGAAAAUCACAAUUGACGGAGUUGAUAGAUGUCGGGAUUGUUUCAGUGUUAUACUUUCUGCGGGAACAGAAGUAGAUAUAGGGCAUAAAGAAGUUGCUAUGUAUUCAACAACUUCUAUGUUUCAAUCUGGGGCCGUGGUAAAAAUAUUCUGCUCCCCAAAAGAAGAAGUAAAAUACACAGAUGACGAGGGGUGCUUCUUACUCGGAGAAGUGUACAUUCCACUUCCCAUGAAUUUUUUAAUGGGUAUAUUGGGUAUGGGAAACAAAAAAGAGCUACCUUUCCUCGUUGUUUACAUUUUUGGUGACACAGAACUAAAAGUUAUGGCUAAAGAUAUGUUAAGCAGUAAUUUCAUAAGUUGCACCUUUAAACUGAAAGAGGAUAACGUUGAAGAGGAGGAGGAAAAUUAAAAUAGACUGACAAAAUAAAAAUAACCGAACAAAUAUAUCUAAGACUUGUUUCUUAUAUGCUUAUCUGUCAUUUUUAGCUUUAAAAUUAAUUUUGACUUCGAUUUCUGUGUUAACAACUGUGUGCUUAAACUGACAUUAAUAUGUAAAGAUCGUCAUCGAAAUGUAAAUAUGUUUUACUGAAUCAUGAUCCGGUAGUGGUUGAUCGAAAUAAGCACUUUAAAUCUUUUAUAAA